AUGGACAAGCUGAAGAAGGCAAGAGAUGUGCUCACUGGCCAAACUACGGCCAACCAUGGAGCUCAAGCUCAGAACCCGGGUAAAAAUGCUACCAAAGAUACCAUGGUCGACUCCAUGGUCGAUCAGGAGGCCCAGAAGAAGGGCAUUCCGGGCGCUGCUGAUCCAAUGAUCAACAAUGUUGUCAACGAAGAAAUCAACAAAAUAUCGAAAUAA